UCCAUUCCUGCGAACUUCAUCUGUUUGUCUUGUCAUGACAAGGCCCAAAUUCAGGCCCUGCCCAUCCUGUCAGGCUUCCAAUCAGGUAAGCAGAAAAACCUGCCAUGCCUGUUUUGGAAGCCUGUCCACAAAAAAAAAAUUAAAAGAAAAAAUUAUGACGUUGGAUGACCAGUGGGCGCAAGCUGUUCUUAAUAGCAGAAAUUUGAGUCGCAUAAUAGACUCUGCUUGCAUUGCCGUGCGGAAACUAGCAACUUUAGGAUGCAAUCCUAUUUUGUUUAUUGGUCGAAAGGAGAAAAGAAAAGAAAAGAAAUGGGUAGCCGACGUUAUUACCCAUCUGCCCCCCACUCCUGUAACUAAGAAUUUAUUGGAAAAGAUGCAAAGAGCAUAUGAAUUUAUUUUAACAAAGACAGAGCAGCGUCCUGAGAGCCUCGCCCAGGAGCGUCCCGAGAGCCUCGCCCGGGAGCGUCCUGAGAGCCUCGCCCGGGAGCGUCCCGAGAGCCAAGUCCAGGAACGUCCCGAAAGCCAAGUCCAGGAACGUCCCGAGAGCCUCACCCAGGAACGUCCCGAGAGCCUCGCCCAGGAACGUCCCGAGAGCCUCGCCCAGGAACGUCCCGAGAGCCUCGCCCAAGCACGUCCCGAGAGCUGCGUCCAGGAAAGUCCCAAGAGCCACGUCCAGGAACGUCCCGAAAGCCAAGUCCAGUUACGUCCCGAAAGCCAAGUCCAGGAGUGCCCCGAGAGCCUCGCCCAGGAACGUCCCGAGAGCCUCGCCCAAGAACGUCCCGAAAGCCAAGUCCAGGAGCGCCCCGAGAGCCUUGUCCCAGAGCGCCCAGAGGAGGAGUCUGAAACUUUGUUUAUCCUUAAUCUUGUUCCUGUGUCAUCCCCACUUUCUUCCACUUCUCUCUUUCCUCCUUUUAAACCUUCACACACAUCUUCACCUCCACUUCCAUGCUAUCAGUCUUCACCACAGAGAAAAAGGAAAAACAUCUCUACAUCCUCUUAUCCACCCAGUUCCAUUCCCCAUCGAAAAAAAAAAAAGAAUGCAGGUAGACUCAUCCAGGAGCACCCCGGGAGCCUUGCCAAUGAGAGCCCAGAGAGCCGCGCCCAGGAGCAUCCUGAAAGCCUUGCCCAGAAGCACCCUGAAAGUUUUGCCCAGAAGCGUCCCGAGAGCCUCGUCCAGGAGCAUCCUGAGAGCCUUGCCCAGAAGCACUCUGAAAGUUUUGUCCAGAAGCGUCCCGAGAGCCUCGAUCAGGAGCAUCCUGAGAGCCUUGCCCAUGAGUGCCCACAGAGUCUUGCCCAGAAGCACCCUAAAAGCCUCGCCCAGAAGCACCCUGAAAGCCUCGCCCAGGAGCACCCAGAUAGACAGAGAAAAAGGAGGAUCAAAAGUUCUUCACCUCCUUCCUCUUCCUUCCCCUAUCGAAAGAAUAAAAAGGCCUGCCUAGGAUCCCCUGCCUGUUUCUGGAUUCCGCAGCCCGCCCUUGAUCUUCUGCCUGGUUCUCGACAAGCCUUUGCCUGA